AAGUGAAGCCGAGCCGAGCCGCGCCCCUUCGUCCCUGCGAGUGUUCUUCCAGUCGCUUCUUCUGUAGGAGUGAAGCGAAAAGAGCGUGGUGGGAAGAAAACACAAACGGUUCGGGACUUAGGAUUUUCCCCGGGAAGCGAACAAAAUAUAACCAGAGAUGGCCGAGGCCCACCAGGCGGUGGCCUUCCAGUUCACCAUCACCCCCGAGGGCAUGGACCUGCAGCUGUCCUACCAGGCCCUGCACCUGAUCUACCGCUCUGGGCUCCGCUCCUGGAAGAAACGGAUCAGCCGCAUGCAGAACAGGGUGAUCAAGGGAGUGUAUCCUGCGAGCCCUUCUUCCUGGCUCUUCGUCGUCAUAGCGAUCCUGGCAACCAUGUACAUGCGCUCCGACCCCAGCAUGGGCCUGAUUGCCAAGAUACAGCAGCACCUGCCGCUGAGUCUGCACGUGUCCCUGAGCUCCCAGGGCCAGACCAUGCUGUCAGCGCUGGUGUUCAGCACGCUGCUCUGGCUCUCGGUCAUCCUCGCCCUGCGCUUCUGCCUCAAGCUGCUGCUGUCCUACCACCGCUGGAUGUUCGAGAAGCACGGAAGCACCUCCACCACCACCAAAGUCUGGGUGACAUUGUUACGGCUGUUGUCGGGCAGGAAACCGCUUCUUUACAGCUACCAGACUUCUCUACCUCACCUCCCCGUCCCCACCAUCAAGGACACACUCAGUAGGUACCUCGAGUCGGUGCAGCCGUUGCUGACGGGUCCUGGGUUCGAGCGGAUGACGGGGCUGGCCAAUCAGUUUGAGCUGAGCCUCGGGAACCGGCUGCAGCGGUACCUCAAGCUGAAGGCUCUCUGGGCCACCAACUACGUGAGUGACUGGUGGGAGGAGUACAUCUACCUGCGCAGUCGCGGCCCCAUCAUGGUCAACAGCAACUACUACGGCAUGGACUUCCUGUAUGUGACCCCCACGUCGGUGCAGGCGGCCCGGGCGGGGAACACCAUCACGGCCCUGCUCCUCUACCGCCGCAAGGUCAACCGGGAGGAGCUCAAGCCGAGCCGCGUUCCCGGUACGGUCAUCCCGCUGUGUGCCGCCCAGUGUGAGCGAAUGUUCAACACCACCCGCACACCUGGGAUUGAGACAGACGUCCUCCAGCACUGGCAGGACAGCGAGUUUGUGGCGGUGUACCACCGGGGCCGGUUCUUCCGCCUGUGGGUGUACCAGGCGGGCCGGCUGCUCAGCCCCAGGGAGAUCCAGUCCCAGGUGCAAAGGAUCCUGGACGACCCCUCCCCCCCACAGCCGGGCGAGGAGAAGCUGGGGGCCCUCACGGCAGGCGACAGAGUCCCCUGGUCGGAGGUGCGUAAGCGCCACUUCUGCGCCGGGGUCAACCGGCGCUCGCUGGACGUCAUCGAGCGGGCGGCCUUCUUCGUCACGCUGGACGAGGAGGAGCAGGGCAUGAGGGGCGACGACCCCGCCGGCAACCUGGACCGCUACGCCAAGUCCCUGCUGCACGGGAAGUGCUACGACAGGUGGUUCGAUAAAUCGUUCUCCAUCAUCGUCUACAAAAACGGCAAGAACGGCCUCAACGCAGAGCACUCCUGGGCCGACGCCCCCACUGUGGCCCACCUGUGGGAGUACACCCUGGCCACGGAUGCCUUCCAGCUGGGCUACACAGAGGACGGCCACUGUAAGGGCGAGGUGGACCGCUCGCUCCCGCACCCACAGAGGCUGCUGUGGGACAUUCCCUCAGAGGUCCAGGCUCAGGUGUCCAGCUCUCUGGCGGUGGCUCAGCAGCUGGCGGACGAUGUGGACUGCCACGUCUUCCCCUUCAGGGACUUUGGGAAGGGCCGCAUCAAGAAGCUCCGCAUCAGCCCGGACGCCUUCAUCCAGCUGAGCCUACAGCUGGCCUACUACAGGGACCGCGGGGGCUUCUGCCUGACCUACGAGGCGUCCAUGACCCGCCUGUUCCGGGAGGGACGCACCGAGACGGUGCGGUCCUGCUCCAACGAGAGCUGUGACUUCGUGAAGGCCCUGGCUGGAGGAGAGGAGGAGGAGCAUUGCAGACAGCUGUUCCGACGGGCUGCCGAGAAGCACCAGAACCUCUACCGACUGGCUAUGACGGGCGACGGCAUCGACAGACACCUCUUCUGUCUGUAUGUGGUGUCCAAGUACCUUGGUGUGGACUCCCCCUUCCUCAAAGAGGUUCUUUCCGAGCCCUGGCGUCUCUCCACUAGCCAGACCCCCCUGCAGCAGAUGGAGCUAUUUGACCUCAAAAACAACCCUGAGUUCAUAUCCCUGGGCGGAGGCUUCGGACCUGUUGCGGACGACGGCUACGGAGUGUCUUACAUCAUCGUGGGGGAGGACAUGAUCAACUUCCACGUGUCCUCAAAGCACUCUUGCAGUGGAACCGACUCCCAUCGGUUUGGGCAGCAGAUAAGUCGGGCCUUUAAGGACAUCUUGGCCCUCCUCUCGUCUCCCGAUGGCAAGGCCGCCAUGCCGAGGAGCCCCCCCCAGCCACAGACCAAGAAGGCUCUCUGAGCUCGGACCACCACCACUCCCGUUAGAUCUUCUUGAACAAGACUGUACAAAAUGGUGGAAAAAACCAACAGAUGUCCUCUGGUACAACCACUCCAAGUAUAUUUUGUUAAAGGGAAAUAGGCAGGCAUCCUUCAUCCAGUUGGUUUUGCCUCUCAGUUGGAUGUGGCCUAAAACGAACAUGAACAGCAAGUCUCUAUGAAGGCAAAUUACCUUUUAAUUAGUGUACAAAAUAGUGAAUCAACAAGCUUUUAUUUUUUCAUAUAUAUAUAUAUAUAUAUACACAAAUUGUUUAUUGUUACAAAGGGACAGGAAACUGGGAUAGGGGCCACUUGGGUAUGAGUUUUUCCUUAUUUUGACCUUUUAAGUUACAGGGGCGUAUUUGCUAGUUAGGCCUAUAUCACAAGAUCAUCAAAAACGAUCUAGGUGGGUACGGUGAUGUAUCAAUGAAGCAAUUAGUCCUGCUCCAAAUAAUGGAGUGUCUACUUCUGGUAUGUAGAGUGUAAGUUCAUACGAGUCGUUUCUAUGAUUUAGCAUGCCUUUUUUCAAAUGCCCUUUGUUGGGUUAAAAAUGGUCUUCAAAAGGAAGGAAAACAAGGUAUCAAAUGGCUUUGUUUCACACGGUCAUCUAUAAUCAAUGUUUUAUAUUCUAUAAAUGAUCAGGGCCUUCAUCCUGUAGCUAUCACCUUGUGGUUCGUUGUACAAAAAUGUCUAACGUGGUGCAUUCAAAGCAUAGAGCAAGCUCCCAUCCAUUGCUAAACCAGGGCUAGCCGGUUGAUUAGGAGACCGCAACGUCCUUUGUGGCUGUUACCGUAGACUAGUGGGAAGUCUCCAUUUGCUACGUGGGGACGGUGAUGCAUGUCUAACUUGUUUAAUGAUCUGAAGGACCUGUGUUUUAACGAGAACCAUUUAACAAUGUAACCUUCGUAGUCAGACUAAUGGUAACGUCUCCUGUACCGAAGACUGCGGAUACCCUAGAGCUUUUAUUUUGUAUAACUUUGUGAUUGUUCACGUGUUGGUGUUGACCUGAUUUAUAAUGUUGACGCAGAUCUGGUAUGACGGCACAUACUUGAUACAGAAGCUCACAAAAUACUGCCACCUAUGUUUAGACACAAGUGGGUUUUCCUUGAGUGCUCCCUCUGUCUGACACAUGGCUCUUGGCUCAGCCGCUCUCGCUGUUUUGCAAAGGAAGGAUUUAAUAAAUAACGGGUUUUUUUUUUCAA